AAAAAAAAAAGCAACUACCUAACCAAAGCAAGCUGUAUCAUCAAACUGUUUAACAACACUUUGGUAACUACUAGGAACAAAGAACAAAACUUUGUUUAUAUUUUAGUUUUAAGGAACCCUUAAGACUAAAGAUCAAAUUUUUAUUUUCUUGGUUUAGGUCUACCAACUGGUGGUUACUGAUUCAGACCCUUAACCAUCAAAAAAAUCCAAUAUUCUCCUCACCAAGAUAAAAACAACUACCAUCACAAUACCAAUUUUUUGUUCUUAGGAGAAAUCCCUCUAUCACAAAAAAAAAUAUUAAAAAAAGAAGAAGAAGAAGCUUCUGGUUUUUUUUUGAGUUUUGAGCUGGUACUUUGAGACCCCACUUGAAAAAAGUUUGGUAUUAUUGAAAAGGAAUAUAUUAUUAUUAUUAUUAUUGUUGUUCUUUUUUGGUUUUGAUGUAAUUUCAAGAAUGGAAGGUUGGAGUUGCUUUUUAUUGUUUUUUUUCAUGAUUGUUGUUUGUUUUUGAAUAUUUUUUUGGGUUGGUGUCAUUGUUCAAUGAUAAGGAGUGGUUGUUGUGCUUAGGAUCUUUGAGAUCAUUUUUUGUCUCCAUAUUGGGAAGCUUUGAUUUUGAGCCAAUUGGGAGUUCUGUUUUCAAUCUCUCUCUUUGCCCCUCUCUCUUUUUCUCUGUGCAGUGUGUGCCCCCUCAGUUGAAAGCACAACGAUUUGUCCUUUCACUUUCCAGCUCUCAAAGAAAUUCGUCGAACAUUCUGCUAAUGAUUUGUAGUUCAAGUGAGUCAGUUACUUGAGCAGAAACCUGUAAUUCUUGAGACAUAAUAAUAGGGGAUAGAUAUAAUGUCGGCUUACUAUUCGAAUUUGUCCAAUCAAAGAGAGGUCUUGCCAAUGUCUUUUUUAACGGACCAGAAAUUUGCUUCUUAUCAAUCAAAUGGUCUUUCUGAUAGUCCGGCUCAUCUAAACCAGCAUUCUGCUUCAGUCUCAUACUCGGAGUUGCCUAGUCAAAACUAUGGUGAAGUUCAAACAAUGAGAGGCAAAGAUGAGAUGUUAUUCAUUCCACCAACCAGUGAUUCAGGAGGUAUGCAACCAAUUGGUAGGGCGGUGAAUGCUGUACCAAACUUUUUGGAGAAUUCAGUUAUGAUGGAUCCCCAUUCUUUUCCAAUAAAACAGCUUCUUGUGCCUAACGGUGAACAAAGCCUUCAAAAUCAAGGAUUAUCUCUUAGUUUGGGUACGCAAGUUCCUCCUUCGCUUCAUGUGUAUUCAUAUCAAGAUGACUAUACGAAUUCUAGUCUAUCUUCUCUGGUGGGUACCCAUGUUUUGCACUCAGAGCAGGGAUCGGAAAACAAGGAAUCUAAAGUUGCUGAGUACUUGUCAUUUGAUCUAGCUGGAGGAACUAGAGCUGCAAAUAAUCCCCAAAGCUCCAUGACCCUUAGAGAAUUGAAUUCUGGUGCACGUUCGCAUGUAGGAUCAGGAGCUGCAGCAGCCAUUUACAAUUCCAAAUAUCUAAAGGCUGCUCAAGAUUUGCUUGAUGAAGUAGUUAAUGUUCAAGAAGCUCUAAAACAAUCAGAUAAACUACGUAACUUCAAUUUGCUCGGCCACGAUCGCUCAGAAGAUGCUGAUCUCAAAUCUAGUUGUUCAGCUACUGGUAUAUCUGGUGAUCAUAAUAAUUCAACAAAAAGUGAACUUUCACCUACGGAACGACAUGAUCUUGAGAGCAAGAUGACAAAGCUCUUUUCAAUGUUAGACGAGGUGGAUAGGAGAUUCAAAGAAUAUUACCAGCAGAUGCAAGUAGUGGUAUCUGCAUUUGAGAUGGUUGCUGGACUUGGUGCAGCUAAACCAUACACAUCGCUUGCCCUUAAAACCAUAUCUCGCCAGUUCCGCUGCUUGAGGGAUGCAAUCAAGAAGCAGAUUCAAGUUACUCGUCGAAGCCUGGGGGAGCAGGGUGAUAGUCAAGGGGAAAGGUUAUAUCGUCUCCGUUAUGUGGAUCAGCAAUUGAGGCAGCAAAGGUCCCUUCAGCAAUUUGGUAUGAUGCGCCAGCCUUGGAGGCCACAGAGGGGCCUGCCAGAGACUGCUGUUUCAGUCCUUCGUGCUUGGCUUUUUGAACAUUUCCUCCAUCCCUACCCAAAAGAUUCUGAGAAAAUCAUGCUGGCUAGGCAGACAGGUUUAACGAGAAGUCAGGUGGCAAACUGGUUCAUAAAUGCUAGGGUGCGCCUUUGGAAGCCCAUGAUUGAAGAUAUGUACAAGGAGGAGUUUGGUGUGGCAGAAGCAGGAUCCGGAGCUUCACCAGAACAAGUACCGGUAGACUCCAAAGAGAAGUCAAUAGCUGAAAACACAGGAGAAGAGAUUCCGGAAAGCUUUACUACUCCAGCUGCUAAUUUUAGUCAUCUUGACCCAUCUGACGAGUCAAGUAAUGUGGUUGCUAAUGUAAAAAAUAAUUCAUUUACAACCAAAUUUAGCUUUCAAGACGGUGUUUAUGAACCUGAGAGGAUUGAUUGUGGAUCAAAUAAGUUGCAGAGCGAACAAAUUCCUAUUACUCACAGCUUUGGUCCUAAACCGACUAGUGAUGGAAGCAUCAUUGGUGCUGUCAACACAUACCAUCCUUCCAUGUUAGGUGAUAUAAUGGGCAAUCAAGUAUCACUCGCUCUGCGUCUGCAAAACAGUCAAAUGGACCAGCAGCCAAUGUCUGGUAGGCCACAGUUAAGAGAGGACGAGAAGACGGAUUCUACUCAUGUGGACAUUGGCAAAGGCGAGUAUUACUAUAUCGACCCAGUAAACCAGCAAGAAAGGUUUUCAGGUCCUCAUCUGCUAUCCGAUUUUGUAGUGUAAAAAUGUGGUUUCUUGCAUAUAUUGGUUAUAAGACCUUUUUGCCACGUGUUAUAUCAAUGAGAAAAGGGUUACCAAAUAUGUAAAUAUACUACUGGAUAAUCCAUCUGUAUAAUAGUGAGGAGAUUGUGAAUGUUAGUCUAGAGAUAGAAUCCUCCAUUCAUAUACAAAUAUUGUAAUUUUGUGUUUGAAUAUGAGAAUAAAGCUUGCAGAGAAUUUGAAUUUUAA